AUGCAACACCAAAUUGAUCAACUAACAAAAGGGCUAUCCAAGUUGAACACGAGUGUGAAUGCAAGUGCAAGUGGUGGAGCAAGCUCCUCUCAAGUUAACUCAUUCUCUUGUCAAAAUUGUGGAGGAACGAACCAUGAUACAUCUUAUUGUGGAGGUUUGAGCCCCGAGCAUGUAGCGGCAUACAAGACAAGGCAAGAUGGAUUUAGAGGAAGCGGCGGUGGAGUAGCUUGGAGACAACCACCACCCGGGUUUGCAUCUCAACCUCAACAAUGGAACCAACAAGCUCAACCUUCCUACAAUUCCAACCCUCAAUACCAAAAUUUAAUUCACCUCCAUCUCAACACCAAAACCCAAGAGGAAGCUACCCAAGGAAUAACCAAUACAACAAUCACACAAGUGCCUCAAAGAAAUCAAGAACAAGCACCUCAAGUGGAGCUAACACAAACUCAACUCCUCCAAUCCAUGCAUUCACAAAUGCAAACUUUUGGGCAACAAAUGCAAAAAAUAAGAGCUCACAACAAGAUGGUUGAUUCACAACUAGCGCAAUUAGCCGAGAGAACUCCUUUCAAUUCACCAUCUACUCUACCCGGACAACUACAAUCUAACCCUUCUCAUAACUCAAAACCCAAUACAUGCAAGACAAUUACAUUGAGGUCGGGAACUUCCUAUGAAGGUCCAAAUGAGGGGGAUAGUGAGGAAAAGAAGGGAGGAGAAGAGAUUGUGAAUGAGGACAAGAGAGGUGAGAAAGAAAAAGUUGAUGAGAUAGAUGGAGGUUCGGAGAAGAAGAAGCUUGACAAUGAGAAGACAACUUCAAUUCCUAGUGAGGCUAGGAAUCUUGAUGGUCCGGUUUCUUUUCCCGGUCAACUUGCGGAGAGGAAGUUGAAUGACAAGUUUGAAAAAUUCCUUAGUGUGAUGAAGAAUUUGCACAUCAACCUCCCUUUCAUUGAAGUUGUGACACAAAUGUCAUCUUACUCCAAGUUCCUCAAGGAUAUUCUCACCAAUAAGAGGAAGCUCAAUGAUGAGCUUAUCACCCUUCCACAUCAAGUGAGUGCUCUUGUCCAACAUAAGAUGCCUAAGAAGGAAAAAGACCCGGGAAAGAUGAUCCCUACAAGGAAGACAAUUCAAUUGGUCGAUCGGUCGGUGAAAUUACCUUGUGGAGAGCUUGAGGAUGUUCCAAUUCAAGUGGGACACAUCUACGUGCCUUGUGACUUUGUAGUGAUGGAUAUGGAGGAAGAUGUUAACACUCCUUUGAUCUUGGGUUUUAUAAUUGCUAAUCGGUUAUGA